CUAUAAAAGCAACAAGCAAGCAAUCACCAAAAUUCACGUCUCUCAAAAGUCUUCAGACUCGAGCAACUCACAGGCGCCACCGUCGUCUUCUCCGCCGUAACCCCGCGAGUCAUGGAAUCUCCGUCUCACCGGAAACCGCAGGCACAGUCUCCGGCGGCAAAAGCACAUGGGAACAUUCUCCUCGGGAAAUACCAACUAGGUCGCCGACUCGGCAGCGGGAGCUUCGCGAAGGUACACGUGGCUCGUUCCAUCGGAAACGACGAGCUCGUUGCCGUCAAGAUCAUCGACAAGAAGAAAACCGUCGACUCGGCCAUGGAACCGAGGAUAAUCAGGGAGAUCGACGCAAUGCGUCGGCUCCAUCACCACCCAAACAUCCUCAAAAUCCAUCAAGUUAUGGCAACCAAAUCAAAGAUUUACCUCGUCAUGGAGUUCGCCGCCGGUGGCGAGCUCUUCUCCAAGGUCCUCCGCCAUGGCCGCUUACCGGAAACAUCGUCCCGCCGGUACUUCCAGCAGCUCGCCUCCGCCCUCCACUUCUGCCACGAAAAUGGCGUCGCUCACCGAGACGUCAAGCCGCAGAAUCUGCUGAUCGACAGAGAAGGAAACCUCAAGGUUUCCGAUUUCGGCCUCUCCGCCUUGCCAGAGCACCUGAAGAACGAUGGGUUGCUCCACACGGCUUGCGGUACGCCGGCUUACACGGCACCGGAGGUCGUGGCAAGGCGAGGCUACGACGGUGCGAAGGCCGACGCUUGGUCGUGUGGCGUCAUCCUAUUUGUUCUACUUGCCGGAUACGUCCCCUUUGAUGACUCAAACAUCGUCACCAUGUAUAGGAAGAUCCACCGGAGAGAUUACCGUUUCCCGAAUUGGAUCGCGAAACAAUCACGAUCCAUCAUCUACCACAUGCUCGAUCCGAAUCCUGAAACGAGGAUGAGCAUAGAAACCGUCAUGAGAACAUCCUGGUUCAAAAAAUCACUGGAAACCUCCGAUUUCCAUGGCAGAAUCUUCGAAUCGGACCCAUUUCUACACAAAGAGGCGAAAUCCACCAGCGACACCAUCACUGCGUUUGACAUAAUCUCUCUAUCUUCAGGGUUAGAUCUCUCGGGUCUCUUCGAACGUAGAAGGCAGAGGGAGAAGAGAUUCACAGCUAGGGUUCCGGUGCACGAAGUGGUGGAGAAAGUGAAGGAGAUCGGAGAAAGGUUAGGUUACGUAGUGGAGAAGAAGAAAGGAGGAGGAGAAGCUGCGGCGGCAAUGGUGGGUCUGGGAAGAGGGAGAACGGCCGUGAAGGUGGAGGCGGUGGAGAUCACACCGGAGGUUGUUGUGGCAGAGGUGAAGGUGGCAGAGGGAGACGAGGAGGAAUUCCGGUGGUCGGAGUUGAAAUCAGAGCUUGAUGAGAUUGUUCUCUCAUGGCACAAUGAUGCCAUGUAAAUCUUCUCCUUCUUCUUUCCUGUGUACAGUUUUGUAGUAACUACAACGUAAAUCAGUUCUAAGUCUUCCUUGAUCUGUUUCGUUAUCUUCUUCUAGACCUACAAACAAAGCUUCAGAUGCAUAAACAAAGCUACCAUUCCCUAAAUCCAAAAUGCUGUCUUCGAUCUUAUGUUCGAAAAUGGAAUAGAGAGUGGAAGAUCCAUACUUCUAGGCCCCUCCUGCAGUCCUCUUCUUCUUCUCGGUGCUUCCAUCUUAGGCACGGGUUUCUUCGAGAGCCCGAGCUUUACCAGAAUCAUAUUCCCGAAUGAUCGGGCUGAAUUUGCGACGGAACCAUCUCUCUGAAAGUCGCGACAGCUUCCUUGAAUCUUCCUUCAACAGUGAAACAUGUUCAAUUUAUAACAAUCCUUGCUCUUGAACCACUUGGAAAAUUUCCAGCGGUCUCUCCCACAAAGAAAUCACCCUCUCCUUGUUGCUAAGUGUCUCUGGCCACGGGCUCAGCUCCUCUUCGACAUUCUCAAUACUAUCCAAAAUACAUCCUCCAUUACUCAGCCAUUUCUUCAAACACUUGGCAUUCACUUUUACAACCAUGUCGUUUCCAUUGAAUCCUUCCCACCCCCAGUCCUCUUAUCACCAACCUUCAAUUUCCCUACCCGUUUCGUUAUCCGGGUCUUCCCCAAAACCUGGUUUUCCGACAAAAAAAUCCGCAGACAACAUCGCGUCUAUAACCGUCAUGGGUUCUACGUACGCAAUUUUUCAGGCUUUCCCUGACUGGGAGAGAUUUUUCGAGGGGAAAAUCGGUGAACUCGGUGGUAGGGUUUUUGAGGAACACAGAAUUUGCAAGCUACUACCAUCUAAACCAAGAUUCAAGAACAUUUUUCACAGAAAGAGAGACUUACGGA